AAUUGUUGCAAUUUACUUGUCUACCUUAAAUCAACUUUUUUAUUUAAAAAAAAAAAAUUUUUUUUCUGUUUUAAUAUUUUUAAAGGAAAUCAAGGUAAGAACGCGCAAGUUAAACAAAAAAAAAAAAACAAACAAGCAACAAAUCUUUUGGAUUAAUCGGUUUUAAUUUUUUUUUAUUCGGUUUUUAUGCUUUAUUUUUGGAAUUUAAUAUUAUAUUACAACAUAAAUAAGUACUUAUGUAUUAAAUAAAAAAAGAAAAAAAGAACAAAAUCAAAAUAAGCAUCAUCAUCAACAUAACCUUUACAUAUUGAUGUACAUACCCAUAUAUGUAUAUAUAUAUAAGUUAUCUGCAUAUACACAUUAAUAUACGGCAAUAAUUUUAUAAGAGCAUCAACAUUUUACCAUAAACACAGUACAACUUUAUUGCCUCUUUUUUUUCAUUCUGGAUUUUUUGGUUUCUUACUAUUUUUUUUGGAAUAUUUUGUCUCGCAUAUACAUAAGUAAUCUCGCGCAAUGGAGCCGGAACUUAAAAGGUAAAUAUGAACAACUUUAAAUAAAUUCAAUGAAUUUUCUGUUUUUUCUUCUUUAUAAAAUUAUGAAUGAAGAAUCAGAAUCACUGCAAGAUUUAAUUAAAUUGAUAUCAAAAAUAAAAACUAGGCCAAUAAAACGAUCUCCAGCACAAUUAUCAUAUUUACAACAAUCAAUAUCAUUAACAAGUCAUCAAUCAAAAGAAGGAUUAUUAUCAUCAUCAUCUAUUCAAAAAAUUGGUAUAAAUACAGCAUCAACAACAGCAAUAACAACAACUACAACAACAACAACCGCAACAACAUUAACAAAAUCAGAUCAAUUAUAUAAUUUAAAUGAAAAUUGUGCUAAUUCUUUACCAAAUAUAAGUAAUCCUUUAUUUUCACCUACAUCAAGUGCCAAUAGAAAAUUAUCAAGUCCUUUACCAACAUCACCAUUACCAAGUCAUCGUUCAAUGUUUAAUUAUAAUAAACAACAACAACAUCAACAACAACAACAAUCGCUGCAUUCAAAUUUACAAUCGCGUCCAUCAUCCCAAAUGCAACAACAUCACCAAUUACAACAGCAGCAACAACAACAACCACCACCACCCUUACCUCCAACACAUCAACAACCAUAUCAUCAUAAUAUUCCAAUUUUAUCUAAUAGUAUACAACGUCUUCCACCCUCAUCAUCUUCAACAUUAUCAAUAGAAAAUCGUUUACAAAAUUCUGGAGGGAUUGGUUGUUUUCAAUCAUCAUCAUCAACAUCAAUUAAAUUUAAUUCACCAUCACCAAGUAGUACAACAAUGCCAUCAUUACCACCAUUACCAUCACCAUUACAAGCAUCAUAUUCAUCAUCAUCAUUAAAACCAUUAGCAUCAUCACCAUUAUUACAUCAUUAUCAACAGCAAGGCGUUAUUACAGCCGGAACACAUCCAAAUUAUUUAGUUGGACCACAACUUGAUAUCCAAAGACAUUCACAAUCAGAUGAUGAUAGUGGUUGUGCUUUAGAAGAAUAUACAUGGGUACCGCCCGGUUUGAGACCCGAUCAGGUUAGAUUGUACUUUUCAUUGAUACCAGAUGAUAAAGUGCCAUAUGUUAAUAGUCCAGGUGAAAGAUAUCGUGUUCGACAAUUAUUACAACAACUACCACCGCAUGAUAAUGAGGUACGUUAUUGUCAUUCGUUGACUGAGGAAGAACGAAAAGAAUUGAGGCUAUUUUCUACACAACGAAAAAGAGAUGCUUUAGGUAGAGGCACAGCAAGACAACUUUUAAAUAUAAAACAAUGCAAUGGGUGUGAAGAUAUCAUUUCUGCUGGAGAUAUAGCAGUAUAUGCUUCACGUAUUGGACCAAAUGCAUCAUGGCAUCCAAAUUGUUUUAAUUGUAGUGUAUGUAAAGAACUUUUAGUUGAUUUAAUAUAUUUUUGUCGAGAUGGAAGACUUUAUUGUGGUCGUCAUCAUGCUGAAACCUUAAAACCUAGAUGUUCUGCUUGUGAUGAAAUCAUUCUCGCUGAUGAAUGUACAGAAGCAGAAGGACGUGCUUGGCAUAUGACACAUUUCGCUUGUUUUGAAUGUGAAAAACAACUUGGUGGGCAACGAUAUAUAAUGCGAGAUGGUAAACCGUAUUGUUUACAAUGUUUUGAUACUAUGUUUGCUGAAUAUUGUGAUUUUUGUGGUGAACCAAUUGGUGUCGAUCAAGGUCAAAUGACACAUGAUGGACAGCAUUGGCAUGCAUCAGAUGAAUGUUUUUCAUGUAAUACAUGCCGUUGCUCCUUAUUAGGAAGACCAUUUUUACCAAGACGUGGAUCAAUUUAUUGUUCUAUAGCAUGUAGCAAAGGUGAACCUCCUACACCAUCAGAUAGUUCAGGACCACAAACAAUGCAGCAUACACGAUCAGCUGGUAGAUCUCAAUUAAAUCAAGAUUUUCAUAGAGAAUCAUUAAGUCCAUCAUUAUCACCGAGAAUAAUGGAUGAACAACAUCAUGAUAUAGUUAAUUCAACAGUAUUUAAUUUUCCUCGUGUCCAUGUACCAAAUGAAUCAAAAUCUACAAAUGAUAUAUUAUAUAAUUAUGCAUCGAAAUUAAAAGAAGAUAAAGAUUUAACAGAUUUUUCUGGUGGUCCAUCAAACUCUUCACAAAAUAUGACACCAUUAACAUCACCAAGUGAAUUUAAUGAAUUAAUAUCGAUAGCAGCACAAAAGAGACAGCAUCUUCAACAAUCAAAUUUUGAUCCAUUUACCUUCAAUGAAAUGAAUAUUAAUUUAGAUAUAUUAAAAUCAAAAUCAAAUAAUUCAGGAAAUCGACAUAAUAAAUCUGUUCAUAGCUUACAUAAAAUGAAUUCUUCAAUGACAUCAAGUAUGCCUGAAUUAUCAUCAGUACAUGAUUCCGAUAAUGAAAAUUCACCUCAUCAUAAUAAUAAUAAUAUAAUUCCAACAAUUCAAUCACCAAAUGAAAUGCCAGAACUUCCAACACCCGAUAUAUCAGUAGCUUCCAAUGUACCUGAAUUCCUCGAUAAUAUGUUAUUAUCAUCAGAUAUCCAUAAUAAUCAACAUCAUCAAUAUCAUAAUCAUAAUUUACAGCAUUUACAAUAUAAUAUUCAUCAUCAACAGCAACAACAACAACAGCAAUAUAAUAUGCCCGAUAGCAUUAAGAUAACAACAAAUCAACAGCAUUUACUACAUCAUCAGCAACAAAAACAACAACAACAGCAAAAUGAAUUACAUCAACAACAGCAACAACAUCAUCAAAUUCAUCAUCAUUUACCGACAUCAUCAUCUUUAAAACCAGAAAAAGAUAAGAAAAAAGGUGUACGUUUUGAAGGUAUACCUGAUACAUUACCACGUUCAAGAAGUUAUUCAGGUAGUGGUGGUAGUACUACUAAUCAAAAUAAUUCAAAUAAUGGAAAUGGUCAUCAUCAUUCAUCUAGACGUCGACGUCGAAGAAAAUCAUCUUGCAAAAAUUUUAGUUUAUUACAACAAUCAACAUCAUCAUCAUCAACAACAGCACCAGCAUCAGCAGGAGGACUUAAAUCAAAUGAACAAAAUCAAAUAAAUGAAUUACAACCAUCUACAAGUAGUAGUUGUAUUGGUAAUUCUAAUAUCAGUGGUGUUAAUUCUAGCAGCUAUCCAUUGCAAUCAAUAAUGAGAAAUCGUGGUAAUAUAUCUACAUCAGCUAUUGGUGAUACAGAUGCAUUCAGCGAUUGUUCAACAUGUUCAUCGAGUUCGUCUAGCUCAGAUGAUUAUUUAUAUCAAAUACCUUUAAGGCGACCCUAUGGUGGUGUUCGUGUUAGUUAUGUACCAAAUGAUGCAAUCGCAUACGAUCGUAAACGUAAACAGAAUACAGAUCCUGAAAAAGACAAAAAUUGUAUUAUAUCGUGACGAUAUUUAAUUAUUGUUUAUGGUACAAAGUACCACCUUUAGUUAGUUUACUCUAUACAUAUGUAUGUAACGUAAACAUUAAUAUAUACCCAUAUUAUAAAUGCAUUUAUAUGAAAUAUAUAGUCUAUCAAUGUUAAUAUGUGUAAAUAUAUAUACAUUGAAUACAAUAAUAUAGAAUUAGGCCUAAAUAGUGAGGAUCAUAUUUGAAAAACUCUUUAGGGCAAGAUACAAUAAAAUAAAAAAAUUAAAAAAUGCAAAAAAAAAAAAUGUAAAAAAAAAUAUCACGAAUGUAUCAUUGUAAUUUUCGACGUACAAAGUAGUUUUAUAUUUUUUUAUUAACAUUAUUAAAAGAAAAAAUUAAAAAAAAGU